UUACAAUACCUAUUUUAUCAAGCACAUGUGCAUUUUUGGGUGAAAGUGAAGAACAAUUUCUUAUUUUUGGGCAACAGUCUUUUUCUGCAAAAUUUCGACGAAUUUUUCUCAUCCCUCUCCGUAAUACAAUUCAUUCACGCAGAAAUCUAUAAAGGGGUCUUGAGUUGCCGAUUCUUCCAUGGCUUCGUUUAGAGCAUUCUUGAACAGUCCCGUUGGUCCAAAAACAACUCACUUUUGGGGCCCUGUUGCUAACUGGGGUUUCGUCAUUGCUGGACUAGUAGACAUGCAAAAACCUCCGGAAAUGAUUUCUGGCAACAUGACUGGAGCAAUGUGCGUGUAUUCUGCAUUGUUCAUGAGGUUUGCUUGGAUGGUUCAGCCGCGCAACUAUCUGUUACUUGCCUGCCAUGCUUCAAAUGAAACCGUGCAACUCUAUCAAUUCUCCCGCUGGGCCAAGGGUCAAGGGUACUUGGGAGAGAAGAAAGCUGAUGCCUCGCCUCAGUGAAUAGAAUGGUAGUGCUUUGUGUUCGUGCUAGAGCUGGAAUCGCAGCUUACCUUCCGUCUGCAACAAUGGAAACGGAGAAUAAAAGGCUUGUAUAUCAUUCAAAUUUGUUUUUAUUUUUCCUCAAAACUCCCUGUAGACUUGUGUGUAUCAAAGAUUUACCAAAUCAAGCUUAGAUUUUUACUUAUGUGAAAGAUGUUUUGAUUUUUA